AUGUCUCAUGGAAAUGCCAACUCGUUAACUUCUCACACUGGAAGAAAUGGAGAACUGCUGGAGUGUUCAAAAGCGGAGACAAAUGGAGCCUCUGCAACAGACAGAGUGCUGCCAGUGAGAAUUAAUGGAGGUCCUGGCGUAAGAGGCCGAGAGCCAGUUAUAAAAAAGCUGGGUACCAGCAGCACUGCCUUCAUUGGACCUGUAUGCUGUCCUCCUAAGGCAGUCCAGAGAGCUCCCAAACCCCCAAAAGUAAGGAAACUUUCCAAACCUAACAUUGAAGAGACACUGAGUGAGUUCUACAAAGAGCUUGAGGAGAUUGAUCCAAAAGACAGCGUUGACAGUAGCACGGCCAAAAAUGAAGGCUCAGUUGAAUUACUCACGGCUCAUAACCCACCACCUGCAAGAGAAGUGUCAAACGCAAGCCAUGGCCAUAAGCAACCUAAUCAUGUGCCUUGCCCACACUGGUAUGACAAUGAGCCAUACCAGCCCAGGAGACCGAUACCUAAGGGGCCCAGCUAUGGUCCCUACUCAGAUCAUAAUCACUGGCAACCUCCCCCACCUUUCCACAGUCAGCCAUACUACAGGUUCCACAGACCUCCCCACCGCUUCCUGCCACCACCUCCAAUCCCCUGCCUCCCGCCACUACCUCCCACAGACCACCGGUAUCACCCCCAACGAGAGGGCUCCCAGCAGGUCCCACCUUUUCACAGGUUCCCUGUCCCUGAUGGGUACAGGAACUCUCCAGACUUGGAUGGCCAUGCCUUUCCCCCACAGCACUCUAACAACAGAGAGAGAGGGGGCUACGGUUGGAGAGAUGACAAGUAUGAUCAGCAGGGUAUUGACCAGCCUUAUAACCAGCAAGGUUCUUCUGAAUGGCAGCAGAGGUUUGACAGAGCACCUGAGCCACCUCUGCCAGAGGAUCAGCACCAACCACCAGAAGAUAAAACAUAUGACUAUGAUCCUUCUCUGGUUCUCAUUCUGAUGAGGGGAGCCCCGGGAUCUGGGAAAUCAACACUGGCCAGGGAACUGCUGUCGACAGGCUCCAGUGGGAAGGUUCUGAGUACAGAUGACUACUUCUCCCAGGAAGAAGGCUACCUCUACGAUCCCAGUCUGCUGGGGGCCGCACACCACUGGAACCAGAACCGAGCCCAAGAAGCCAUGUGUAAAUGCUGUUCUCCUGUCAUUAUUGAUAACACAAAUAUGCAAGCUUGGGAAAUGAAGCCAUAUGUUAAACUGGCCUUGGAGAGAGGAUACAGUAUCAACUUUCAUGAGCCUCACACCAGCUGGAAAUUUGAUCCUGUCGAGUUAGAGAAGAGAAACAAGCACAGUGUGUCAAGGGAGAAGAUUGGGCAGAUGCUGGAGCGGUUUGAGCUGCCCAUGUCCUUGGAUAUUGUGAUGAACUCCCAGGAGCCCGUUAGACCCACAAGACAUCCCUCACAGCAGCAGAGACACAGCAGGGCCAACCACUCAGACUUCCACUAGUCUCGAUGUCCUGAUGUAUUCAUUAGUGUACACCAUAGCAAAAUGUUCUUCACUUUCGCAAAACGCUAUGCGAAGGAAAACAAGAGCAAUUCUUUCUUAUCGCAAGUUUAAGUAGUCCCUCCCCAUUUCUGCUUUCCCCCCCUAGUAAAUACAACCCUGAUGACUAUCAACCAACCACAGUCAAUGAUCAGAGACAGAGCUGUAUUACAAAUGUCUUUUUUUAAAUGAUACUACCAGCAUUUUACAGGAUUGUUACUGUAUUUGAUUUAUACUGGCAGAAUUUAAACCUAUUUUUGUGAAAAUAACAUUUGCAGUGGCACUGAAGUCACUUUUUUUCUAUGUAUUUCAACUGUAUAAAUUACAGGGUUUUUAUUUCUCCAUUGUAGAAUUAGUAGUGACAUCAAAACUAUGAAAUAACACAUGGAAUCAUGUAGUAACCAAAAAAGGGUUAAACAAAUCAAAAUGUAUUUUCUAUUUCUUCAAAGUAGCCAUUCUUUGCCUUGGUGGCAGCUUUGCACACUCUUGGCAUUCUCUCAACCAGCUUCACCUGGAAUGCUUUUCCAACAGUCUUGAAUGAGUUUCCACAUAUGCUGAGCACUUGUUGGCUGCUUUUCCUUCACUCUGAGGUCCAACUCAUCCCAAACCAUCUCAAUUGGGUUGAGGUCAGUGUGAUUGUGGAGGCCAGGUCAUCUGAUGCAGCACUCCAUCACUCUCCUUCUUGGUCAAAUAGCCCUUACACAGCCUGGAGGUUUGUUGGAUCAUUGUCCUGUUGAAAAACAUAUGAUGGUCCCACGAAGCGCAAACCAGAUGGGACGGCGUAUCGUUGCAGAAUGCUGUGGUAGCCAUGCUGGUUAAGUGUGACUUGAAUUCUACAUAAAUCACAUACAGUGUCACCCGAAAAGCACCAUCACACCACCUCCUCCGUACUUCACGGUGGGAACCACAAAUGAAGAGAUCAUCCGUUCACCUACUCAGCGUUUCACAAAGACAUGGCGGUUGGAACCAAAAAUCUAAAAUUUGGAAUCAUCAGACCAAAGGACAGAUUUCCACUGGUUUAAUGUCCAUUGCUCAUAUUUCUUGGCUCUAGCAAUUCUCUUUUUCUUAUUGGUGUCCUUUAGUAGUGGUUUCUUUGCAGCAAUUUGACCAUGAAGGCUUGAUUCACGCAGUCUCCUCAGAACAGUUGAUGUUGAGAUGUCUGUUACUUGAACUCUGAGCUGCAAUUUCUGAGCCUGGUAACUCUAAUGAACUUAUCCUCUGCAGCAGAGGUAACUCUGGGUCUUGCUUUCCUGUGUCGGUCCUCAUGAGAGCCAGCUUCAUCACGGCACUUGAUGGUUUUUGCGACUGCACUUGAAGAAACUUUCAAAGUUCUUGAAAUGUUCUGUAUUGACUGACCUUCAUGACUUAAAUGAAUGAUGGACUGUCAUUUCUCUUUGCUUAUUUGAGCUGUUCUUGCCAAUAUAUGGACUUGGUCUUUUACCAGAUAGGGCUAUCUUCUGUAUACCACCUAUACCUUGUCACAACAUAAGUGAUUGGCUCAAACGCAUUAAGAAGGAAAGAAAUUCCACAAGUUAAUGUUUAACAAGGCAUUCCAGGUGAAAUGCAUUCCAGGUGACUACCUCAUGAAGCUGGUCACCAAGGCAAAGGGUGGCUUCUCAAAUAUAAAAUAUAUUUUGAUUAACACUUUUUUGGUUACUACAUGAUCCCAUAUGUGUCAUUUCAUAGUUUUGUCUUCACUAUUAUUCUACAAUGUAGAAAAUAGUAAAAAAAUAAAAACCCUUGAAUGAGUAGGUGUCCAAACGUUUGACUGGUAGUGUAUACAUUUCUUAAUUCCAUUAUUUUACUUUUAGACAUGUGUGAAUUUUUAGAUACUACUGCACUGUUGGAGCUAGGAACCCAAGCAUUUCGCUACACCUGCAAUAGCAUCUGCUAAAUAUGUGUAUGAGACCAAUAGUUUGAUUAGAUUUUUUACUUGUACAUUUUCGUCAUUAAAAAUUGUUAAAUGGG